AUGGCUGCUCAGGAUUCCCCCACCAAGCUGAUGCGAGCCUACUUCGUUAACUUCCUUCUAGAGGAUGCCAAAUGGAAAACAAUAACUGACCAAAUUAAGAAAGCUCUGGAAGUCUAUAAGCCGUGUGUAAAGGAGAAUUGCAGCUGCCACCAAAGUGUCUGGAAGCAGGACCUGUCUCCUUUUCGAGAUGGCAUUUCCAAGGAGAUCAUAUCAGAUGUGGUGAGCCGGAAGCUGGGGACACACUACCAAAUCAUUAAGAACAAACUGUACCGUGAGCAGGACUGCUUGUUCCCUGCGAGAUGCAGUGGAGUUGAGCACUUCCUUCUGGAGAUCAUCAACCGCCUCCCUGACAUGGAAAUGGUAAUCAAUGUGCGAGACUACCCCCAGGUCCCCAAGUGGAUGAAACCUAUUAUCCCAGUCUUUUCCUUCAGUAAGACACCUGAAUACAAUGAUAUCAUGUAUCCUGCCUGGACGUUUUGGGAAGGAGGACCAGCUGUCUGGCCGAUUUACCCAACAGGUUUAGGGCGCUGGGACCUCAUGAGAGAGGACCUCAGAAGAUCUGCAGAAAAAUGGCCAUGGAUGAAAAAAAUCUCUAAAGGAUACUUCCGAGGAUCCAGAACGAGCCCGGAGAGAGAUCCCCUCAUUCUGCUGUCCCGAGAAAACCCAGAACUUGUUGAUGCUGAGUACACUAAAAACCAGGCUUGGAAAUCUGAGAAGGACACCUUAGGGAAGCCUCCUGCAAAAGAAAUUCCACUGGUUGAUCACUGCAAAUACAAGUAUCUGUUUAAUUUCCGGGGAGUAGCUGCCAGUUUCCGGUUGAAACACCUUUUCUUAUGCGGUUCACUUGUCUUUCACGUUGGAGAAGAGUGGUUGGAGUUCUUCUACCCUCAGCUGAAGCCUUGGGUGCACUACAUCCCAGUCCGAUCAGACCUCUCUGACGUCAGGGAGCUGUUGCAGUUUGUAAAGGAGAAUGAUGCCAUAGCACAAGAAAUUUCAGAGCGGGGACGCCAGUUCAUCACUGAGCACUUGCAGAUGGAGGAUGUCUCUUGCUACUGGGAGCAUCUGCUGUCUGAAUAUUCCCAAGCCUUGACUUACAAAGUGAAAAGGAGGAAGAGCUACAGCGAGAUCACUUCUGAGUGGCUGAAAACAGAACUGUAGAGACUUCUCUGUUUUUCUCUUCAGCUCAAAUUGAUCUCUAUGGAAAUCUGAAGAUAGCAUAUCUUCUUUCUUGUUCACUCAGACUUCUUAUCCUUUACACUAGAACAGCGGGGACCAGCAAUAGGCUAACUUUGAAACUGCUCUUGUACAGCAGGACCCAGUUGUACUCUAGCCAUGAGAAUGUUAACUAGAACGUUGGACUGUGGCUAUUUGAUGAGGUGGUUACUGUCAUGCCUGGAGGAGGGUUGUUAGCAUUUAGGACAUAGUUACAGAAUGAUCCUAAAUCCCAUGCAGUCAGUGGGAAGCCUUUCGGUUAAUUUUACUGGACUUUAUACUAAGUCCACUGUCCUCAUGGGCCAGGUAUGCAGACUGACAGCUACACCCAGCUGGGAGCUACAUGCCCCUUUUUUUUUUUUUUUUUUUUUUUUUUGGCAAAUGGUCAAUGUUUUCUCACCUGUGUGACAGCAUUUGAGAUGUUAGGUGCUCUCUGACAGAAGCAGGUACUGGGAUUUUUUUACUGGGGUAACCUUUUUAGAUAGCUUAGAGCUUAAUGUUCAUGUCAGGUUUUAGAAGUCGAUGGCAAGUCUUAGAUGUGCCAUUGAAAGGACAAAUGGUCCUUGCAGGGUUAAACUACCUACCUCAGAGGGGAGCAGCAGGCAGUGAUGGUGUUGCUGCAGCACUAAGCCUGAGUAGCGGAUGGGCACACAGCGGACAGUUGAGACAAAGACUGCUCAUCCUCUGACAUGAGCUGGGUGCCCGCACAGCCACGUGGAACUGAGCCCCUCUUAGCAAGCUCUCACCGGUUGACUGGCCAGACAUUCUAGGGCCCUUAGAAAUCCAGAGAAAGUAUACACAGAGCUAGAUUUGGCUUUUCUGUUUUUCAGAUGUUCACAGAUUCUCUGCUCUGUUCCCCUUCUGUAACUUUCUAGGAUUGUUUUGUUGGUUUUGGGGUUGUUUUUUGAGGCUGGUAACACAGUUGCUCACUUCAGUAUUUACUGUUCUUUCCCACAGCUGUUACACUCCUUUCCUCAUCUCCUUCAGUCUGGUUGAGGAAAUGUUUUCAGUCACACAGUGGCAGCUACUCCUCACAUUGCUGACUCAAAUUCAGUCACAGGUUGCUUGCGCUCUCUGUAUUUAUCCCCACUGCAGGCUGCUUGGCCCGGAGAGAACACAAUUUCUGAAAUGUUCUGUGGCUCCUGAGUAGAGAAGCUUGGUAGGAAGCAGCCUCUUCUCUGGCAUCCAGACAGGCACUGGGAAGAGUGUGGGCAGCAGCACAGGAUCCUGGGAGGGCCACUCUUCCCAGGUGAGGACCCUUGGAGGUAAAGCUGCCUCAAGGGCUUAGGAAGCAGCACAGUAACCAGAAGAGAACGGUAGCGACAGCUCGAGGUCUCCUCUGCAGUCAGUUUGGAUCAGAUAGGAAGAAAACACUACAAGGAGCAGUAGCACAAAGAGCCCCCACACACCUACGUGCUCAGGCCGAGGCCUCGCAGCGUGGCGGGGCUGUGGUACAGGGACCUGACUGCCAGCCCUGCACAUCAGGUGCCAGUUGCUGGAGCAGCACAACCAUUAUGUGACUGGUGCCUGGGUUAUCCCAGCCCCCAAAGCAAUCAAAGUGGGGUACUAAAGUAGCCUGAUUUCUGGGGAAAAGAUCUGCGUGAGAGGGGAAGGGGUUUUCUGGUUUUGUAUUUUUAGUCAAUGGAGAGGCAGCAGUCUGAGAAACUGAAGCAGCUAUGUAUAAUAUUUUAAAGCCAUUUUUAAUGAAGUGCUUUUGGAAUAAAACAAAC